GACCGGCCCCAGCUGAAACCAAACUAACCCCAGCUGCUGCUUGGAUGCAGCCGCUCCAUGGCGGUGGAGAAGGAGUCGUUCAAGUGCAGGUCUCUCCUGGAGGAUGGCGUCCAAGUGCUGUGACUCGGUGCUAUGACUCGAGUUGCACGUCCUGUUGUGCAUCGUCUUUGCCAUGCGCGUUUUGAAGGUGCUGGACCUUGAUCUCCGUGCCCAGCUUCGACAGCGGCUUCUUCAGGCCGCGCAGGAAUUCCCUGAGUUCGUUCCAGGCGCACAGAAGCUGGUUCUCGGCAGCUUUGGGGCCUUAGGGAAUCCUGCCGCCUUCCACCACCCAGUGGUGCGGGAGUGCCGGCUCCACUGCAUGGCCUCUGCGACACGCCUCUUCCGCGCACACCUGGCUGCUACGCACGCGGCGCGUGCCGCGCAGGCGGCGCACGCUCCCCGGCGGCUGGAGCUGCUGUGGGAUCGGCUUUGUAUCCGACUGAAAGGCUCCAAGAUGUGUGGCGAGACAGUCCACCGGGACGUGGCCAAGUUCAAGCUGAAGGAAGAUGAGAUCUUCGGUGGUUGGAUGAACCUGGACUGCCCAGCUGUUGGGAUGGGCCGAGCUUGGGGUGUUCAAGCGGCUUUGCCGACGGCGUGUUGGAGACUCACACGCUCCACCUUGAGCUUGCAGGACUUGGCAGCCAAGACCCAGCCAGGCGUGGUGACCACCGGUGUUUUGGUGAAGACUCAGGGAGUUCCACUCCUGCCAAGUGGACAGCAGCCCCCAAUGUAUGCGAAGAAUCACUUGAACUUCUGGCGUGAAGGGCUGAUCACCUGGUCAAAGCAAUCGAUUCGAGACAGUUGCAAGGAGCUCACGCGCUGUGGCCCUACAGAGCUGCGCUUGGUGCCGCGCUUCUUUCCCAGCCUGGAAGCUCUGGGCUUGCCCCUGUAUGCGAACUAUACUGAAGAAGAGCUAAACAUCAUGAGGCCUGCAGAGGAGUGGCGGAUCUUUGGAAAGCACUACCGUCUGUGGCCAGACUUUGAACCGGUGUCCUUGCGGCCCUUCAUGGAGGUGGAGGUGGGCCAGAAGAGGACCUGGAGUGCCAUGGACAGCUGA